CGGCGCGGCUGCGAAUCCGCCCGCGGAAUUCCGCAAGGUCUCUCUCCUUGUAGCGUUCAGUGAGUGCUACCCUCUGGCCGCCUUGCGGAAGGUCCGACCGUUCCUCUAAGCCCCUCCGAUCGACGUCUCGAGCGAGGCGCUCGCGGACCUUCUCAUUGGUUUCCGUUGUGAUUGUCGAGAGGAAGAUCUCCAUCGUUCGAUUUCGCCCACGGUGCUCGGUUGCUGUCUCCUUGUCGUCGUCGUCGGUGCUUUGACGUGAUAAGGUGUCGUUACUCUCACUCUGCUCUCGGCUACUUCCUUCGAGGGGACCGCGAACGAGAACGCGACUCCGCGAGAACGUUUAACAAAACGGCAUCCGGGAACGAAUGUGAAUCGCUCAACGUACUGGUCUUGGCUGGAUUGCUGCGACCUGGGAAAGCGGUACCAGGAAGGACGAAAGGAAGUUAGCGGCGCGUCGACGACUGGUGAGAAUUCGCGAGAGGUCGCGUGGAAGCCGAGGAGCCGACCGAGAAAUCUCGUCGAGGAAGGAAGACGGUUGUCCGCCGGUAUCUAGUCUCAUCAUCAGGCACUCGACGCGAUGCCUGCGCCAACAUCAGCGUCAGCGGGUCCGGCCGAGGGCGGCCCGCCCCGCACCGAAUUGCAGGAGUUACAGCUCAAGGCCGGUCAGACCACGGAUGAGUCUCUGGAGAGCACAAGGCGUAUGCUGCUGCUAUGCGAGGAGAGCGAGGAGAUCGGAGCGAACACUCUGACGAUGUUAGACCACCAAGGCGAACAGCUGGACCGAAUCGAGGAGGGCAUGGACCAGAUUAACGCCGAUAUGAGAGAGGCCGAGAAGAAUCUCACGGGAAUGGAGAAGUGCUGCGGGCUUUGCGUUCUUCCCUGUAACAAGAGCGCCAGCUUCAAGGAAGACGAGGGCACGUGGAAGGGCAAUGACGACGGCAAGGUCGUGAAUAACCAGCCGCAGCGAGUGAUGGACGACCGCAACGGAAUCGGGCCGCAAAGCGGUUACAUCGCCAAGAUCACGAACGACGCGCGCGAGACCGAGAUGGAGGAGAACAUGGGCCAGGUGAACACGAUGAUCGGCAACUUGAGGAAUAUGGCGAUCGAUAUGGGCAGCGAACUCGAGAACCAGAACCGGCAAAUCGACAGGAUCAAUCGCAAGGGCGAAUCGAACGAGUCGAGGAUACAGGUGGCCAACGAGCGGGCCCAUCAGCUACUCAAGUAAGGCCGCACUCUCUCGACCGCCCCCCGCACUCCGUCGGCCGCCACGAGCGUCACUACCAUCACCCUCCACCACCACCACCACUUCCACCACCACCACCACUACCACCAUCACCAUAAAAGCAACAACAAAAAUAGUACCAACAAUACGACACAGCGGCGACAACGACAAAAACAACAACACCGACACCAACAACAACAAGCAGCACGAUUACACUUGACAGCAUAUACUACAUUCGCCGAUUGUUUGUUCGCGAUUCAGUCUGCUCGCGUUACCUUCGUUGAGCUCGUUCGUGCGUCUCCACCUUCGACAUCGAGCAGGCUCGUCGGCCGAUCCUAGGCUCGGUAUCGUCGACGUUCCCGAAAUACAUACUCAACCCUAAACUUGACAGCGUGUACCCUGUUAUGAAACGUCCACCUCACUGGUCGGGCUCGUCGCAAUUCCUUUCCUCAUUUGAGCGUUACGACAGGUGUUUUUCAAGCGAGGAUUAUGUAGAUUGCACUGUGUACGCGCCUCACGAGCGAUCCGCCUGGAUUCUUUAAACGCCGAUCAGAUGUGUCGCAUUCGGCUUUGUGUCUCUUCUAAAUUAUUGUCGUGAUUGUUAUAAUCCGCUAAGAAAGAAAAGGGAAAUAAACAAUUUGACUCUGCUGCUGCAUUGAAGGAGAGUUCUGUAAUUUUGUUACCUUCGUUACGUUAUCCGACGAAACGUGAUCUCCCAAGCUUACUCCCCUCGUCAAGUUUAGGGUUCACGCGCUGAAGAAGCAUCGCAAAUACCAUUCCUCGGAUCCGGAGAUUAAAUUUGAUUGUCGGUUCGCGGCUGGUUGUUUGUCAUUCCAUAAUUUGUCCGACCAACGGGAUUAAUUUGAUCGACUAAAUGCGGACGUUCGAAUCCGCCUUUCAGACUCGGCAUCGAAUUGAAUUCGGAUCAUUUUCCUUUCGCUCUAAUCCGUCAACGUCGUCAACGACUCCAUUCCGUUAUGACCGGAAAUUAAAUCUAAUCUCCGAAAUAGGCUCCUCUUAUUUUUACGACGGCGAUUAAUCCCCGUCGAUCGGGGAUUCGAACCUUCGACAUCGAAGUCUCGGAAGUCUCCUGGCCGAGUGUAUAUAUUUCGAUGUCGGUUGACCGGCGAUUGAAGUUGGACCAAAAUUUGGUCCCCGAUCGGAAACCAGGAGUUUCGUUCACACCAAUCACAACGAAGUGCCGAUGGAAUUUCUAGCCAAGCGGAGACUGUCGAAGUAUCGUGUGUUAGUCGACUGGAGUCCAAGUCCAGUCGCUGGCUCGUUAAGAGCUAGCAGCUUCGUUUUCUCGACACGAUUAGAGUUGUCCAACUGUGAAAUUUAGGUAAAGGAGAGAAGGGAGAAAAAGAGGAAAAAAAAAUAUAUAUAUAUCUUGUUAUACAUAUUUAGCCGCUGGAGAUUAUUGCACGGACAGUGCAUCGAUUGAUAAUUUAGUUCUCGGUUUAAUCGACUCUGGAGAUCGAUGCGAUAUAUUACUCGGUGAAAUAUGAGGAACAAGUUCAUAGUACAAACAUUGUCACACUUGUCUCUAAUUCUUUAGCGAAAUAAUUAUUCCGAUUUUCUUUCGCGCAGGCUUCCUUUCUUGUCUCACACUGAAUGUGAACACUGAAAUAUUAUCAUACACACAAACAACAAACACCAAAAAAAUACACACAUACACGUGUACACACAUCAAUUGGAAAGCAGAACCCGAGAACCAUAUCCAGGCACACAGCGACCGGCGACAUUAUCUACGAACGAAAAGCGACACUGAUCCCUCCUUUCUGCGAUCCCUCAACGUGAGCUCUCUCUCGCCCUUCUCCUGAGGUGCGGAGGGAGUCUCGUUAUUCUUCCCCCGCAAAAGAAAAUUGCACACAUCCCCCGUAUUCGAUCAUCGAGUAUUUCGCGAAUAUCUACCACCUCGGGUGUAUCCGCCGUGGUGUGAGAAGCACGCUGAGAAAGAAAAAGAAAGAGAGAGGGAAAGGUCGGCGACACCCUUGGAGGAGGAAGGAAGUGGAAUCGCGCGCGAAGGACGAAGGAGCAGGACGAGGAGGAGGUGAAGAGGUGCGACAAUGAAGAGGAAGUGGAUAAAGAAGAAGAGGAGAAGGAGGAGGAAGACAAGAAAUAUACAUAUAUCGAGAUAACCGGAGCAACGAAGUGAACGCGUUCAGCCAUGAUUAAGAAUUGCUGAAGCUGUAGAUAGAGCGAGGUCUUCUUUUCGUCGUUUUAAAAGCUCGACUCACACAAACAAGCAGCGUAGAGCGUUAGAUGUUAUCCCUCUGCCCGUUAUUCCCUUGCUUUGCCCCCUCCCCCAGCCCCCUUUUUGCGCCAAUCGCGCCGAGAUCACAGUAAGGUUUAACUCCAAAGAAAGAUUGUACAUUAUUGUAUUUACACGAGAACGACGUGCACACCUUGUUAAAUCGUACGAAGAGAAACGGAAGAGGGAGAGAUUCAGAGUGCCGAUAGAGGAAGAGAGAGGAAGGAGGAGAAGAAGGAGGAGCAAUCCUGUCGCGGAUUCCAGAAUCGAUACCCGUAAGUACUCUCGACGCGAGUACCCACGGCGAUCCUGAGGGAGAUCGUGACGGUGUUCACGGUGUUCAUGCUCUCUUAUCGUAGAAAAAAAAGGAGUAUCUCGAGCAACGGAUAUUCUUGUUAUCGCUCGACAAUUACGGAAUAAUAAUACACAGAGAGUUCGCUUCUCUCUUCCUCCUCCCCCCUCUUGCCCCCUUGAUGAUUAUCGUCACUGUAAAGUGAAGACAGAAGAAAAGUGAAGACGUCUUUACUGAAUGACCGUUAUUUUAUCGUUUUUAUCCUCGCGUACAGUCGUCGUCGUAACAGUCGCGACCUUAUCUUCUUUAGCGCACUAUUCUAGAGAUUCAGAACGUGUCGUGAUUUAUUGUCACACGGUAACACGGAUGUUAAUGCGAUUGUUAGUCAAUGUAUGGGCGUCUUUGACGACGCCUCUGUUCAUUCUUUUUUUUUUCUUAUGAAAUUUUUAAGAAACUGAUAAAUAACCGAAGUGAAUAGAAGCAACCAACGGGUGUCGGUUUUGAACGGCGCGCCCGGUGAGGAUUGGAGGAGCACAAAAUAAAACGCGUAGCCUUUCCGAUUUCGCUUGUCCUUCGCUUUCUCUCAGAGAGGAAAGAAAGAUGCCCUUUGGACGCCGGACGAACGUGCUCUAAGAGGAGUGAGCGAGAGCUGCGAGAAUUUGAACGAGAGAGAGAGAGAGAGAGAGAGAAGGGAAAAAUAAAACCCGAGUGUGCGUGAGAGGGAGAGAUUGCGCGCGAAAAUCAUGUGCUACGACGCGAGAUCAUUAGGCCUAUAGUGAUCACUUCACGUCGAGAAAUUUUAAAUAUUUAUAAAUAGAUAUGUGUACACAAUACACUGAGUAUUGUUCCGUUUCUGCAACAUCGUUUUUCAUAUCGGCUCCGAUUUUUACUCGGAAGUUGAUUUUCCCGAUGAUGAGAAUAACAAAUCGUUAAAUUACCACAAAUAAUCAAGUCCGAAACGACGUCGUGAUCAUGAGUCUGUUCUCUGUCGCUGAACAAGUGCACAUUUUCGGAACUUAAAAAGAAACAGAUAUAUAGAUAUAUAUAUAUGACUUCGUGUAAAGAAGAGAAAUAGAAGUAGUGUAGCUAGUUCAUCUAUAAGGAACAGACCUCGUGUGCUGUUUAUUCGAUUAAUUUCAACACUUUCUGUACAAUAUGAAAACACGAUAAACGCUUUCUCGACGCUUUCGCUGGACAAGAGUCGAUUUCAAAUUGGCCGAGCGAAUCUCUCGUUGGAAAAUGAUAUGGCGGAAACGGAAUGACUGGUACACAUAUUAUUUAUUUGCAUAUAUAUAUAUAUAUAUACACAUAUAUAUAUAUAUAUAUAUAUAUAUAUAUAUAUAUAUAUAUGCACAUAUAUACAUAGCCAUGUAGGGAGCGAACGCGGUGAGUUCUUUCUUAAAAUAGCUCCUGGUAGAGAGUCGAGAGUCGCAAAAAAGCUACUCUAAUCGCGGGAGAAUGGAGUAUCUUUAUUAUAUAUAAUAUACAUAUUAUACAUAUACAUAUAAAUAAACGAGUAAAUAGAUUAUAUAUAUAUAUAUAUAUAAUACGGGAUCGAGCAAUAUUGUACUUGUUACUUCGUCGUUACUGUUUAUCACCGCCUAUUGCGAGACUACGUACUUAUUUUACGAAUAUUAUCCUACUCCCUUGCCCUUUACCCCGCAGACUCUGUCCCCUUAUCCAAACUUAUUGAGUCAUAUCGAAUCUACAGGUCUAUGUAAUACGUUUCAAACACCUACUAAAACACACAAAAAUAAUGUAUAGACACGCAAUUAGGUAGAUAGACCGGUAGAGAUGAUUAAAGAUUAACGGAGAAGGAGAAAGAGGAGAAUGAGGUAAGAAAGAAUGCGUAUAAGUGUGCGUGGGAGAGAGCGAGAGAGAAAGAAAGGGAUUGUGUGAACGAGAGAAUAAUAUGGAUAUUGGUGAAAAUAAUGUGAGGGAUGAAAAGUGGACGAAGGAGUGGAAGAAGUCUGGGUUGAGAAAGAGUCGUGUUCUUCAUAAACGUACAGCGUGUCUUUGCGAAGCUGCCGGAUAUCCUCGGCAAUCGACGAUGAAGAACGAUGAAAACGAAGUAGCGAGUCAGAGCGAGCAAGCGAGAGAACGUUGCGAGGAGUCGAGAUUCCUUACAGUUUUCAAAUUAAUUAAGGAAACAGAUGGGGAUUUCUGUGAAGCUGGCGGUCACAUUCGACAGAUCCACAGACAUCCUAUAUACAAACAUGGAGCAGUUCCAUUCCAUCUUUUAAGUUACAAGUUAUACCUCGACACGAUUAACUGCAUCGCAAAGUUAACGUUUAUGCUAGCGGUCGGAAGAGUCUAAAGGAGUCUGCCUGCAGUGCGAUAUACGGUCUCGAUUUGCAACUAGGAGCGUAACAUUUUCACGCAUUUACGGGAAUCUACGGAAUGGAACGGGGCGAUUCGAAUAAAAAAUACGAAUUCUUAAUUGUACACGCUUACCGUCGGCGCAUUGAAAUUAAUCAAAAAGAAAAAGAAUAUUGGCUUUCUUCUGGAUUAAGUGUAACUUUUUCUCUUCACCACUUCCGACGACUCUGAGACCCUGAGCCAGGCUCGUGUGCCUUUCUCCGCCAACGUCCACUUUUGAUUCUUGAUCCUCUGUAGUAGAACUUAUAAAGCGGCGAUUGAUUCCCCAAUUGUCGACCGAUUUGUCGGUCGUGCCAUCGGGACUCGUUUCAUCGAUCGAUUCUCUACCUCGGGAAAACGUGCGGCGGAGGUGUUCGGCGAGCCACCUCUUCGUGUAAUUUACUGCGAAGUCGAGUGCGAGAACACAAAUAUACUUGGGACCACCGUGCAGACGUGCAAGGUGUCGUGGACCGCAAUCUUCGAGGCACUCGAGGCAAUCCCAAAUAGAACGGCGAGAAUAAAAUUCUGACGAGGAGACGAGAGAACGGCGAGCAUGGGAGAGCAUUUGUAAAUUGUAAAGUUUAUCGAUAAGCACAGGGGGAAAACAAACGGGACGAGACCAGCUUCUCUCUUUUUAGUACCGAUGAUAUAAUGUCGCUAGAUGUACUUAUGAUACCGUCGUAAAAGUUUCUCCUCGACAGUACCAUUAUAACAAAUGCCUGUGUAUUUUACUUCUUGGCAAAUAAUAAACCAUCAAGUAUUGUA